UUUUGCUGGGUUGCCUUUGUCAUUCAACUUUGACAUCGAGAGUCUGCAAAAAACUUUGCUGUGCGUUGAACUGGAACGUGUCCGCGGAAUAAAACAGCGAAAAAUGGGCUUUUUCUGGAGAAUUUGUGCUCAAUAAUGUGUAAUUACGACCCAGACAUUAGUCACGUACUAUCGUCCAGUCAAUCUAUUGGUCAACUCCAAAGAUUGAGCUGAAUGCAGAAGGAGUGUGGGUGAAUUUUGUGGUGGCUGUCGCUCCAACAAAACAAAAACGGAGUUCCCGGAAAAGAUGCAAAAGAGACUCCUAAAUAUUGUGAUUGUUCUGUAGUUUUCUUGUGAUUGAGUCACUGAUAUUGUGAUAGUUAUGCUUAAAUUGAAUAGGGAUCAUAUCUCACUGCUGCUCCCCACGUCGGGACAGGAUUCCACGGGGACAUCAAGCAGAAAGAGCCUCCGCAGGACGUGGAACCAACUGUCUCGUUUCCAGCGCAACAUAAUAUUCACUGUUAUCCUGGCAUUCUUCAUCAUGAGCUUCGUGUUGUAUUCGGGGCUGGGUGAUGGGCAUACAGAGAAAACAGGGCAUGCGGGGAAUCGAAGGGAGCAGCGUGAGGUUGAGAGGCCAGUUAGGGAAGAAGUUGGUGCCAUUGAGGUGAUCCUGCGGCCGCCGGAUGACGCAGACGAGGCGUCUGAAAUUGAGCCUGAACGGACACAUCGAGCAGAGAUGGACAACCCACCGACAAUGGCGCCCGCAAAAGCGCCCACCGAAGAGGGCCCAAAGGUCUUUUCCGGACCCAGAAAUGAACGCCAAAUUGCCGUUGUGAAGGCCUUCCAGCACGCCUGGUCCAAUUAUCGGACUUUUGCAUGGGGUCAUGACAACCUCAAACCCAUCUCGCAAACUCAUCAUGACUGGUUUGGCCUUGGUCUGACCAUUGUGGACGCCCUCGACACGAUGUACAUCAUGAAUUUGCGCCAGGAGUUCGACGAAGCGCGACAAUGGGUGGACACUGGGCUGUCGUUUGAAGUGAAUCGAGAUGUAAAUCUCUUUGAGGUGACCAUCCGGGUUCUGGGAGGCCUGCUGAGUGCCUAUCAUCUCAGCGGGGAUCAAAUGUUUCUGGUCAAAGCAGCAGAUUUAGGCAAUCGCCUUCUGCCCUGCUUCGAAUCCCAAUCAGGCAUUCCCUAUUCAGAUGUCAAUCUGGCCACGCUGAGAGCUCAUUCGCCCAAAUGGUCACCUGACAGCUCCACCAGCGAAGUCACCACCAUCCAAUUGGAAUUUAGGGACCUCUCCAGGAGCACUGGGGAUGACAUCUACGAGGCAGUGGCUCACAAAGUCAACGAAAAAAUUCACAGCUUGGAAAAGAGACACGGACUCGUGCCGAUUUUUAUCAAUGCCAACACAGGGAUGUUCAGAACGUUCUCAACAAUAUCUUUGGGCGCCAGAGCAGAUUCCUACUACGAAUACUUAUUGAAGCAAUGGCUUCAGACUGGCAAGAAGGAUGAUGAUUUCCUUGUUGACGACUAUCGUGUGGCUAUUGAGGGAGUAAUUGGGGAAUUGGUGAGAGAGACGCCAAAUGAGCAUCAUGUCUAUAUUGGAGAGUUGAUCAAUGGGAAAGAGUUUAAGCCAAAAAUGGAUCAUUUGACAUGCUAUUUGCCGGGAACUCUGCUCUUGGGCUACAAACAUGGAAUGCCUGAGAGUCAUUUGAAGCUGGCAAAAGAUUUGCUCGAGACUUGCUUCCAGACAUACAUGAAGCAACCAACUCAAUUGGCUCCCGAAAUCACCUAUUUCAAUCUUCAUGGGGAAAGUGAAAAGGAUAUUUAUGUGAAGAGCAAUGAUGCUCACAAUCUGCUGAGGCCAGAAUUUAUUGAGAGUCUGUACUACUUUUACGUGAUUACGGGAAAUAAGACGUAUCAGGAUAUGGGAUGGACAAUUUUCAAUGCUUUCGAGAGGCAUACGAGGGUGAAGAAUGGAUACACGUCAAUUGGCAACGUGAAGAAUGUCCUCAACACACGACCAAGGGACAUGAUGGAGAGCUUCUUUCUCGGUGAGACACUCAAAUACUUUUAUCUUCUCUUCAGUGACGAUCGCAAAGAAAUCGACAUAGAUCAGUAUGUUUUUAAUUCAGAAGCACAUCCACUUCCCAUUCGGAGUCACUGAAUGUGAUUCAUUGGAUAUCCCUUUAUUGAUGCACAAAACACUCCUUAGAUAGAUAAAACACUUACCCUUGACGAUUUUAUAUGAAUGUUGUUCUCCACUUUGGGAUAAAAAAAAAGAAUUAUUUAGAGAUAGAAUGAAAAAGAAAAAAAGGAAAAUGUUGUAUAUUUGUACAAGUGCUAUUUGGAAAUCAUAUAAAAUAAUUGCGCAAGGACGUUGUUAAAGCAAAAUUAUUGGAUUAUUGGGGUGUAAAAAAAAUAUGUUUAUAAUAUUAGUUCAUUAGGACAAAAGUUACUCAUGUGGCACGCUAAUACAUGUCAAAGAUAUACAAAAUUUCUAGAAAUUUUUAUUUUAUAGACACAAAAAAAAAGAGAUGCACAGAGUCAUGGCAAAAAUAGUGGCGCAUUUUAAUGAAUAAAAAUAAAGGGUUUCAAGAGGCGCAAAAAGAUUACAGAUUUUCUUUUAUGAAGAAAAAACAUGUUUGACGUGGAGAAAGUCAAAUAAAUAGCCAUUUUCUAGGAGAUUUCUCUUAGCCCUAU